AUGAAGGUCGCCUCUCCCUUGAAAAAUCUCGCACUACUGUCACUUAUAACGAUAUCAAGUUGCGAAAAAUACCGUGCCGCUUCAAAACUUUACACCCAAGGGCCCGAUGACUGUGCAAUAUCUCCGAGAGCUAUAGUAUCUGAUGCCUGUGCCUCUUACACUACACUAGAUAAUCUUAAUGACCGGCUCCGAAGUAUUGUUGUCGAUAUAACCAGCAACACAGACUUUUUUUCUCAUUACCGCUUGGUUCUAUUCGGGAAAGAAUGCCCAUUUUGGAGUGACGACGAUGCUAUGUGUGGCAAUGCUGCGUGCGCUGUCAGCACCCUGAACGACGAAUCUCAGAUCCCAAUGAUUUGGAGAGCAGAGGAACUAGGAAAGCUUGAAGGCCCUCGAGUAGUACAUCCCGGGAGCCAAUUGAAGGACAGAAAAAAGGUGCUAAAUCCACUAGGUGGUAUUCUCGGGACCCAUGUAAGGGAGAGCUGCGUGAUUGAAGAUGAUGAGGAAUAUAAUGAUCGAGACUAUUGUAUUCGAGAAGAUGAGACCUGUGGUAUCAAGGGAGAUUAUGUGAGUCUCGUUGACAAUCCUGAAAGAUUUACUGGGUAUUCUGGUGAUGGAGCCAGGCAAAUAUGGGACUCCAUCUACCGUGAGAACUGCUUCUCGAAGUCAUCAUUUCCCAGGUCGAACUCUCUAGGAUACUCAUCCUUCACAAAACAGCCAGCGAAAAAUAUAUUUAAUUCCAUUCCUCGGAAAUCUGGAAGAAAAGAAAAUAAGCACCUAGGAUCCACCCGCUUUUCAAUGGAAAGCGUUUUUGAAUAUGAUAAUGAGUGCUUAGAAAAACGUGUUUUUUACAGGAUAAUUUCUGGUAUGCACACGUCCAUAACUUCACAUAUUUGCUCCGAAUAUCUGAAUCAGACCAGUGGGGAAUGGGGUGCAAAUCCUCAAUGCUAUAAGGAGAGAUUGCGUGAUCACCCCGACAGAAUCUCCAAUCUUUACUUUAAUUAUGCCCUGGUACUACGAGCUAUAACAAAGCUAGGACCUAGCCUCAAGAAUUAUGUUUUCUGCUCGGCCGACGCUUCACAAAAUCUACUCACCAAAACCAAGCUCCAAUCUCUCAUGAAUGUAGUAUCUACCACGCCUCAAAUCUUUGAUGAAAGUCUAAUGUUUGUCAAUGGGGAAGGUCCAAGUUUGAAGCAGGAUUUCCGACACCGCUUCCGGAAUAUUAGCCGCAUUAUGGACUGCGUGGGAUGUGAUAAAUGUCGGCUAUGGGGAAAAUUGCAGAUUGCUGGCUAUGGAACAGCUUUAAAAGUAUUAUUUGAGACUGAUAAUAACUCGAAUGAUGUUCCGCAGUUAAAAAGAACAGAGAUAGUGGCACUCUUUAACACCCUAGCUCGAAUAUCAACUUCUCUUGAGGCAAUCAAAAAUUUUAAGCUUGCAGUUGAAGGAAGAGAAUCGGAACUAGCAAAAGAGAAACAGGAUAUUAUAUUGUCUCAGCCAAGAAGGAAGCUAUAUUAUGAUAAACUUGAAAUUUUAGAUCCUACUAUUGAUGGCUCUGAUGAAGAAGAUAAAAGUGACCAUCUUCAGAGGCGUCGAUUGCCUAAUAACGCGACAAUAUUUGAGCAACUUACGGUAGAGCUUGAUAUCUUCUGGAGAGUUAUGAAAUAUGUUAUUCAAAGUUGGUUUAGAUUUCCAGGAAAAUUAAUUAGGUGGCAAAUCUUGAAAAUGGAAGUACCAAGGGCCUGGGAUAGCUACAUUGGACUACCCGUGAAACCAAGGAAAUGGUUAUUCAAAAAACCCAUUUUGGAUGAGCUCUAG